AUGAUUUUUCCAGGGUGGCUUUUCCGGGCACCUCCCCCUGUCCCUGCCACCUCCCCUAUCCCCUGUCCCCUCCCUGUCACCUCCCCCUGUCCCCCCCCAGCCUGCAACGUCACCAUCCACAACCGCUGCAAGGACACGCUGCCCAACUGCACCAAGGUGAAGCAGAAGCAGCAGAAGGCGGCGCUGCUGAAGAACAGCUCGGCCCUGCAGUCGGUGUCGCUGCGGAACAAGAAUGCCGUCCGGGAACGCCCCAAUUCCGCCAUCUACCCCUCGGAGAGCCUCCGGCAGACGCUGCUGGGCCCCCGCCGGGGCCGCCCCUCCCUGUCCCUGUCCAAGAGCGUCUCCACCACCAACAUCUCGGGGACGUUCAACGACGAGUCCCCGCUGGGCAUCCGCCGAAUCCUGUCCCAGUCCACGGAUUCCCUCAACGUGCGCAACCGGACGCUCUCCGUGGAGUCGCUCAUCGACGAAGGUCCUGACGUGCUCCUGAACCAGCUGCUGAGCGACCUGGAGGCCGACGGGCGGGAGUUCGAGGCGGACUCGUGGAGCCUGGCGGUGGAUAACAGCUUCCUGCAGCAGCUCCGCAUGGACGUCAUGAAACGGCAGGAUGUCAUCUACGAGCUGAUGCAGACGGAGCUGCACCACGUGCGGACGCUGAAGAUCAUGGCCGGGCUGUUCCGCAGGGCGAUGCUGGAGGAGCUGCAGCUCGACCCGGGCACCGUCCAGAGAAUCUUCCCCUGCCUGGACGAGCUCAGCCUCCUCCACCAGCGCUUCCUGAGCCAGCUCCUGGAGCGGCGCCGGGAAUCCCUGGAGCGCGACAGCAACAAGAACUUCGUCAUCCACCGCCUGGGGGACAUCCUGGUCAGCCAGUUCUCGGGCCCCAGCGCGGAGCAGCUCCGGAAGGCGUACGCGGAAUUCUGCUCCAAGCACAGCCGGGCCCUCAAGGAGUACAAGGACCUGCUGGCCCGGGACAAACGAUUCCAGCAGUUCAUCAGGGUGGGUACGGG